GUCCGCCGGCAUGGCCAAAGAUAUUUUCCGGCGACUUAUAAAUUCCAUUAUCAUCUUAUUCUCUUUCUUUCUCUCGCCGGAAUCAAUCCAAGGUUGGCGUCCAUCGCCACACCAGAUCGCAAAUGCCACCGCUCCCAACGACAUCGGCGUUUCCAAAAAGUACGAAGGCUCGUCGGACUUCGUCCACCUCAAAUACCACAUGGGUCCCGUCUUAACGGAAAAUAUAACCGUCCACAUCAUCUGGUACGGCACGUGGCAAGAAACCCAGAAACGGAUCAUUCGCGAUUUCAUCCGGUCCAUUUCCGCCGACAUAGUCAAAUCACCGUCGGUUUCCGGCUGGUGGCGGACUAUCCAGCUCUAUACUGACCAGACCGGGUUCAACAUUUCGAGAAACGUCCGGCUUGGAGAGGAGAAAACCGACCGGUUUUAUUCUCACGGCAAGUCGCUUAGCCGUCUUUUGGUUCAGUCCGUUAUCAAAACCGCUAUUUUAUCUCCCACGCGCCCCCUUUCAAUUGAUACUAAAGGUGGGGUCUAUCUUGUUUUGACUUCUGAUGACGUGUACGUUCAGGAUUUUUGUGAAAACAUAUGUGGAUUCCAUUAUUUCACUUUUCCUUCUAUCGUGGGAUUCACGCUCCCUUUUGCGUGGGUGGGGAACUCUGCCAAGCUCUGUCCAGGUUUUUGCGCUUAUCCAUUUGCGGUGUCUAAUUACAUGCCUUCGAGGAAGCCAUUAACGUCGCCAAACAAUGAUAUAGGUGUAGAUGGUAUGAUUAGUGUGAUUGGGCAUGAGAUGGCCGAGAUGGCAACAAAUCCCCUUGCAAAUGCGUGGUAUGCUGGGGAGGAACCAGCUUUCCCGGUUGAGAUUGCUGAUCUUUGCGAGGGUAUUUAUGGAACCGGAGGCGGAGGAUCUUACACUGGCCAAAUGUUGGAUGGUGACGACGGAGCCACCUUCAAUGUCAAUGGGAUCAUUGGACGACGGUUCUUAGUCCAAUGGGUUUGGAACCACAUCUUCAAUUAUUGUACCGGACCUAAUGCCCUUGAUUAGUAAACUAUAUAUGGCAUGUAUUAUUGCUUAAGAAGAUUUACUAUCUUCUCUAUUUAAUUUUGUUUGAGCUCAUUUAGUGGAGCUUAUUUAUAAAACUCUUAUGUUAAAAAGUACUAUUAUGUGAAUAAGUUAAUGUGCAUUCAAAUAAUAGUUUAUUUUAAAUAGAUAACAACUUUGUUAUUUUGUCUCUAUCAUUUGUACUAUAUAACUAA